UUAGUUGGACUCUCUCUGUCUCAUUUGCUUGCUACCCUCUGCAUCUUAGAUAAGUAAGAGAAAAGAUCAGAUUUUUCUAUUUUAAAUUGGGAUUUUUUUUGUGUGUGUGGUUUUUGAGAGGAUCCAUGGGUGCACCACCGGCAAGAGCUCGGGCUGAUUAUGAUUACCUUAUUAAGCUUCUUUUGAUUGGUGAUAGUGGUGUGGGGAAGAGUUGUCUGCUUUUACGUUUUUCUGACGGUUCCUUUACUACUAGUUUCAUAACAACUAUCGGCAUUGAUUUUAAGAUAAGAACCAUUGAGCUUGAUGGUAAGCGGGUCAAAUUGCAAAUCUGGGAUACAGCUGGUCAAGAGCGAUUUCGAACUAUUACAACAGCUUACUACCGUGGAGCCAUGGGGAUUUUGCUGGUUUAUGAUGUUACUGAUGAGUCAUCUUUCAACAAUAUUCGGAAUUGGAUUCGCAAUAUUGAACAACAUGCUUCAGACAAUGUCAACAAGAUACUGGUUGGAAACAAGGCUGACAUGGAUGAGAGCAAAAGGGCUGUGCCAACCUCCAAGGGUCAAGCCCUCGCUGAUGAGUAUGGUAUCAAGUUCUUCGAAACUAGUGCAAAGACGAAUUUGAAUGUGGAGGAGGUUUUCUUUUCAAUAGCCACCGACAUUAAGCAAAGGCUUACAGAGUCUGAUAACAAGGCUGAGCCUACUGGACUCAAAAUUAAUAAGCAAGACUCAGCAGCAGCUAGUCAAGCUGCUCAAAAGUCGGGUUGCUGUGGAUAAAGCGAACAAAAAAAGGCCUGCAGAUUCGAAAUGGAAGGUUCGGCUUCACAGUCACUCUAAAUGUAAAACUAAUCAUAACGACAUUAUGGGGGUUUGAUGUAUUUAUCUCUUAUUUUCUUUCCAACUACCAGGCUUAGCUUGUGAAAGGCAGUUCCUUCUUUCUUUCUUUUUUUUCAGUUAAUUUGUGGAAUUUUAUAAGCAUAUCUUUGAUCUUAUUGAAUUCAAGUGACCCAUGUUAUGUACUUGUCUUGCUAUAGAUAGAUAAUCUGAAUUCAAGUUUCGGUAUAAA